UCAGGUUCCGGGGCGCCGCCGAGCUCUCGGCCUGUGGGUCGCGAGUGGCGCUCUGCGGAAGCCGGCGCCAGCCAGGCGCCGUCCGGCGGCCCGGAUGGAGGAGGCCGGAGCGGUGGUGGCCACUACCGGAGAAGCGGAACUGAACUGGUCCCGCCUCAGUGUGUCAGCCGAGACGCUGGAGUCGGAGCUGGAGGCGCGCGGCGAGGAGCGGCGCGGCUCUCGAGAGGCUUUGCUGCGGCUGCUGCUGCCCCAUAACCGUCUGGUGUCACUGCCACGGGCUCUGGGCAGUGGCUUCCAGCACCUCCAGCUGCUGGACGUGAGCGGUAACGCGUUGACCGCGCUGGGAUCAGAACUGCUUGCGCUGACCGGUCUGCGCACGCUGCUGGCAAGAAACAACAGGCUUGGCGGGUCAGGCGCGCUACCCAAGGGCUUGGCCGAGUCGCCACUCCGCCACAGCCUCCAAGUGCUCAAUCUCAGCGGCAACUGCUUCCAGGAGGUGCCCGCCUCGCUGCUGGAGCUGCGUGCACUGCAGACCCUCAGCCUGGGCGGCAACCAGUUGCAAAGCAUCCCGGCCGAAAUCGAGAAUUUGCAGAGUUUAGAGUGUUUAUAUCUUGGAGGAAACUUCAUCAAAGAAAUCCCACCAGAAUUAGCAAAUUUGCCUUCUCUGACUUACUUGGUAUUAUGUGACAACAAAAUCCAAAGUGUGCCUCCUCAGCUUUCACAGCUGCAUUCACUUCGUUCCCUCAGUCUCCACAAUAACUUGCUGACAUACCUGCCUCGAGAGAUCCUCAACCUUAUUCAUUUGGAAGAGUUGAGUUUACGAGGAAAUCCAUUGGUUGUUCGUUUUGUCAGAGAUUUAACAUAUGACCCUCCAACUCUCCUGGAAUUAGCUGCACGGACCAUUAAGAUCCGGAACAUUUCCUACACUCCUUAUGAUCUUCCGGGAAAUCUUCUUAGAUACUUAAGUUUAGCCAGCAAUUGCCCAAACCCAAAGUGUGGAGGAGUCUACUUUGACUGCUGUGUCAGACAAAUUAAAUUUGUGGAUUUCUGUGGGAAGUAUCGCCUCCCACUGAUGCACUACUUAUGUUCGCCAGAAUGCUCUUCACCCUGCAGUUCUGCCUCUCACAGCUCCACUUCCCAGAGUGAAUCUGACUCAGAAGACGAAGCUAGUGUUGCUGCACACAGAAUGCAGAAAGUUCUUCUUGGCUGAGCUGAACAGAAAUACAGGAUGUUGUGAAAUUCUUUAAAAAAAAAAAAAUGAGCAAAGAUGAUUAGAAAAGAAAAUAGAGCUAGAAGUUGACUAGAAACCUUACUAUCUUCAUCUUGAAUGUCCAUGAAAGAAUCUGAGAUGAUGUGAAAGAUUUUAUGUUCAUCUACCCAUUCAGCAGGAAUAAGUUCAAUACCAUGUUUGGAAUCUUUGAAUAUAAUUUGAAUAUAAUCUGAAUGGCAGAUUCAAAUUUGGCUGAUUGUUGUGCAAUUUCACAAGUUUUGCAUGAAUCACAUAGCAGAAUGGUAUAUUUUGAAGAGCAGUGGUAUAAUAAGGCCAUGAGUAGUGAAACUUGUGGCAGGUGAGAUGAAAAAAAGUAAGAAAUUAUCAAAGCUAUAAUUAUUACCAGGGUUAUCCUUGGGUUUAGGCUGAACACCAUACAACAAACAAGGUUAGCUCUUUGCUUAUUUUGUCUGUCUGUAUAGAUUGCAGACCUAUUCAUAUAAGCUCACAGAUGGUUACAUAGGACCUAAACUUUUCUGACCAACUAACUGAAAAAUAAGGGGUAUAACUUGUAAGUGGGAUAACUUUUCAUUUCUUCUUCUUUGUUUUGUAUGAUUGUUAUUAACUUUAUAUAGUUUCAAUGACUUGUUAUAGUGCCUUAAUCCUAGCAAGAAUAUGGAAACUUACUCAAGAAAUAAUGCCAGAGCAGCCUAUAACCUAACGUACUAUGCAAGACACUUUAAAAUAUGCUUUACAGAACUAUGUAAAAACUGUAUAACUAACAGCUGAGCUCAUGGCCACCUUAACUUUUUUUUUUUUUUUAUUAUUUAUAAUUUUUUUCAGUGUGCAGUGGUCCCUUGUAAGCAAAUCACUUUUUAUAGUUAAUGGGAAGCUACCAUCUUGAUCAGUUUAUUCCUUAUCAGACAGAAUAAUACUUUUAAUAAAAACCUAGAAAAGAUGUAAGCCAAGAAAGCUUCUUUGUAUCUUGAAUGAAUAGGGGGGAAAUUUUAACAGUCAAAUGUGACUCCUUUGUGUAGUGUACUAAGCUGCAACUUUCUCUGCAUUUUAAAGAAAAAUGAAUAAAACUAGAAAAACAUGGCAAUAAGGCAAAUAAAGUUAGGAGCAGGAGUCAUUGUGUUCAUACACAAUAGAAUACCAAAACUAGUUAUCCAUGGAAUAUUUUUUGAAAAUAAAGUACUGAUAGAAUAGAGGGGGCGGGGGACAGAAGAUGAGAUACAGGGAGUUGAUGAUACAUUUAAAAUGUAUCCUUGAA